GUGGGCAGGCACUGUCCUUGGUUCUGCCUGUCCCUGAUUCUGUGGCCCCGGAGCUGAGCCCUCGAGGAGACGGGAGGCCACCGGCUGGCAGGGUGUGGGAUGCUCAGGUUCCUUCCUACCCACAGGGCCUUGCCCUGUUCCUGCUGGCCCGGUGCCUCUCUCCUUAGCCACCCGGGCCUCUGCUCGCCUCUCUCUUCACAGCCCCUUCCAUGCUGCCAGGUGAAGCCUGGAGCUGACGGUGGAAUCCCACCCCCAGGUCCUCCCCUCCCUCCCCAGCGCCCAUUAGUCCCGGCCAGGGGGCGCGGCUGCAAGCCUCUGCCAGGCCCAGCCCCCGACGCACCUGUUCUGACCUGCUGAGCAGGUUCCCAGUUUCUGCCGUAGCUGUUGGCCACGGCGUGGGAAGCAGCUCUGGGGGAGCUCGGAGCUCCCAUCACGGCUUCUGGGGGGGCAGCUGCCGCUGGGUGCAGAACGGGGCCAGGUCCCCUAGCAGGAGCUCCAGGGGGACGGGCAGGUGCGCCAGGGCCCGAGGACCUGUGACCCUCCUGCCUCCGGGGUCGGUGCCCUCUCCAGCCCUAGAGCUGGCGCCCAGGGAGAGCCCGGUGGCACUUCAGGAACGCGGGGCAGCUCUGCGUGGGACCAAUGCCCCUGGCCCUGGGAGCCGACAUGCAGGGGCCUGAGGCCUGGCUGCUGCUGCUGCUGCUCCUGGCGUCACUUGCAGUGCCUCCCCUGCCCUCACUGAAUCCUGGUCCAGCGCUAGAAGAGGGCCAGGGCCUGACACUGGCCGCCUCCUGCACAGCUGAGGGCAGCCCGGCUCCCAACGUGACCUGGGACACAGAGGUCAAGGGCACGAUGUCCAGCCGCACCUUCGAGCACUCCCGCUCGGCGGCUGUCACUUCAGAGUUCCGCCUGGUGCCCAGCCGCAGCAUGAAUGGGCGGCCCCUCACCUGCGUGGUCUCCCACCCGGGCCUGCUCCAGGACCAGAGGAUCACCCACAUCCUGCAGGUGGCCUACCUUGCAGAGGCCUCUGUGCGGGGCCUUGAAGACCAAAAGCUGUGGCAGAUCGGCAGAGAAGGCGCCACGCUCAAGUGCCUGAGUGAGGGGCAGCCCCCGCCCACCUACAACUGGACACGGCUGGACGGAUCUCUGCCGAGCGGGGUGCGCGUGGAAGGGGACACCCUGGGCUUCCCCCCGCUGACUGCUGAGCACAGUGGCGUCUACGUCUGCCACGUCAGCAAUGACCUCUCCCGGCGGGAGGCCCAGGUCACCGUGGAGGUGCUCGCAGACCCUGCGGAGGCCACGGGGAAGCAGGUGGACCUGGUGUCGGCCUCCGUGGUGGUGGUGGGUGUGAUCGCCGGGCUCCUGCUCUGCCUCCUGGUGGUGGUGGUGGUGCUGAUGUCACGAUACCAUCGGCGCAAGGCCCGGCAGAUGACCCAGAAGUAUGAGGAGGAGCUGACCCUGACCAGGGAGAACUCCAUCCGGAGGCUGCAUUCCCACCACUCGGACCCCAGGAGCCAGCCGGAGGAGAGUGUAGGGCUGAGAGCCGAGGGCCACCCUGAUAGUCUCAAGGACAACAGUAGCUGCUCUGUGAUGAGUGAAGAGCCCGAAGGUCGCAGCUACUCCACACUGACCACCGUGCGGGAGAUCGAGACCCAGACAGAGCUGCUGGCGCCCAGUUCUGGCUGCGAGCGGGCAGAGGGGGAGGAGGACCGCGACGAGGGCAUCAAGCAGGCCAUGAGCCACUUCGUGCAGGAGAAUGGGACGCUGCGGGCCAAGCCCACGGGCAAUGGCAUCUACAUCAAUGGGCGGGGGCACCUGGUGUGACCCAGGCCCACCUCCCAAAGCCUGGCUCCCUCUGCUGACAGGAUUUCAGCUCAUCUCGCCCCCCGCUCCCCGCUGACUGUUCGACCUUUUCCUCCAGCCCUUGUGUCUGAUACCCAGAUGGCUCCAUUGGUUGAGUCCCUGCUGUGUGCGCAGGUCAGUGUGUGUGUGUGUGUGUGUGUGUGUGUGUGUUUGUGCGCCGACUGUGUGUGAGGAGGGAGCCUGUGCUGCGCGUCAUGCCAUCUGUCAGGGUCCAGUGCCCGGUACUGCUGUGCCCAGGCCCCGGGCAGCUGCGUGAGAGUGUUGUGUGGCUGCAUGCCCUCCACCUGCAAACAGGUGUUUUCGUCAGACCCCAGAGCAGUAUUAUAAUGAUGCGGAGGCUGGAGGCCAGAGGUGGAGCUGCUGUGGGCACUUCCAGGUGUGCGGGCACAGCUGGAGCUGGGAUCUGGCUCCUGGUGGGGAGCGGGGCUCCCAGCGCUGGAGCCAGGGGGCGAGUGUGAAGCCAGCCUGGUCCCCAGAGGCUCCAGCUGCCACAGGAGAAGCCCUCUGCCCUCUGGUGGCUGGGCCUGCUGCCUGCACAUAUUUCUUUAAGGACCGGCGCUGUGAGCCCUUUAGUAAGAGGAAGACUGUAAACAAGCUUUUCACUUACAUGAAAGUGUCUCAUUCCUUGAAGUGAGGCUGUCGGCACAGACAUGCCCAGGACGCCCAGGUGGCCUCUGGGAGGGAGCCUGGAGCCAGGGGGUCUGCGGGUGGGAGUGGCUGAGGCUCCGGAGGGCAGGGUCGGUCCUCUGUCCCCUGAGCCCCUCUGCUUUCUUCGUCGCGUUCACAGUGGCCUGUGGACCUGUGGGGGGUUGUUGGGACUUGGUGACAAGGGUUCCUGGUUCAGUUGUUGUUGGGGAGAGAGGGUGGGGGUUCAGGGGAUGCGAAGGAGCUGCUGGGGGCCAGACUGGCUCCUUCCCCUGGGCCUUGGGGCCACCACCUCAGGGCUUUUCUGGCCGUUUCUGUGGUUGGAGGCUGCAGUGAGACAAGGCUCCGUUCUGCCUGUCCACUCAGACACAUGCAGCCAGAGCCCCCAGCUGGGCGCCUGCAGGCCACCGCUCAGGCCUGCGAUGCGGCUUCCUGGUCACAGGAGAGACCCGCCCUGCUCCCCAGCCAGCCCAAGGCUUUGGAUCUGGGGCCUAGUGUGUACAUUCUAUGUAAAUAUGUCCAUAUUUGUACAUAAAAUGAUAGUCUGUUUUUAAAUAAACAGAUGAUACCUGUC